GGAUAGCGGAAGCAUUCAAUAUUUAUCUGGGCGUGUUCCUCUCCAUAUCGUUUGGGGGUUUCUGAAACCCUAGCAAUCGAACUCGAAGCUUGAGGAUCUAUCCACUCUAGGCAUCAACCUUGACAAGCAACUGUGUGCGCCAUAUGGAUUCCACCUUACCUUCCAGGCCCCAUGAUGAUGUGGAUAUGAAGCCAUCCUUUCGCAAACCUUCAAAUGAAAUGGCAACUAGGAAGUAUCGUCGUCAUUCCCCUGUUGAUGGAUCUGAUUCAUCUUCAUCUGGUGGCAGCCCCAGGUGUGAAAGAAGUCCAGUCUACUCCACUGAAGAUCGUGCCAAGACUCACAGUGAUAGGCAGAGAAGGGAUGAAAAAAGAGUAUUGGAAAGUGAUUCUGGUGGCAAUAGAUCGAGCAGAGACGGUGAUUCACAAAGACAUUCUGAUAAACAUACAAUCAACAAUUCCCAUGACUUGCGGAGGUAUGAUGACCAUAAUAGGCACAACAGGCCUGCCGAUGAAGAAGACAGAGGUUAUCACAGAUCUUCUCGUUCAGAUCGAGAUUUCAGGAAUAGUACUCAUUCUGAUUAUACAAGGCGGGACAGCAAUUAUGAAAGAUCUAGAGAAAGCUGGCGAAAUACUGGUAAGUACACAAGAGAUAGAUCCGACGAUGUAGGACGUAGGAGUAAUGACAAGGAAAGAGAUAGUCUAACCUCAGAUCAUCAUAAACACAAUGAGAAAGAUUCUGACAGAGCUGCCCAUGGAAGCAAGGCAGGAAACUCUAGCAGACAUGAUGUUAGGACUGGAGAUAGAGACAGACGUAGAGAUAGAGAGGCUCAUGAUGAGAGAAUUGAUCGCCGCAGGAGUCCUGGAGAUCAAAACAAUGAUAAAUCACGAGCUUGUUUAAAAGAAUUAGUUGUGGGGAGAGAUAGUGGUAAUGCUCACUCUAAAGAUGCUCGUGAAACUAGUAAUAAGGAAUUGGAUGGGCUGAAGAAUGAUCAGUUACACAAGAGGAAACACAACAGUGAGGAGUCUGAUGAGCACAAGAAGUACAGUGGAGAGUUGGGGACAAGUGAAAGCAAAAGUUCAACUUUUCACGACAAAGAAAGGAGAAAGGAACACAUACCAGAGAAUCAAAAUUCUUCUGAUAAAAAGCUCAAACUUGUUCAGGAAGAAGGUGAAAAACCAUUCUCAAGUUCAAAGCAAGUUGAGACGGCAGGUAAAUUUACAAUACAACCUUCUGGUUCUGUGACCAACCAGGUUGAUGCUGCCCAGAAUCUGGAUGCAGCGAAGGUUAAAGCUAUGCAAGCUGCUGAGUUAGUCAACAAGAACCUUGUGGGGGGUGGAUACAUGUCUACGGACCAGAAAAAGAAGUUGCUGUGGGGUAGCAAAAAGAACACUACAACCCAAGAGCCAAGCAAACGGUGGGAUCUACAUUCAUUUGCAGACCGAGAACGUCAAGAGAAAUUCAACAAGCUCAUGGGUGUGAAAGGCGAUGCGAACCUCGAGCAGAAGCCGGGCGAAAAGGAUGGAGGCCUCCGUGCCGAGCAGCAGGAGCAGCUCCAGAUAGAUUUAGAGAGACAGUACACGGCAGGGCUUCGGAGACGAGAUGGCCGAACUGUCGGCCUUGGUUUGUAAAACUAUUAAUUUCCCUCUUUUCUUUAGCUGAACAUUGCGUUAUACUUUUAUCUUUAUGGAACUAUAACAAAAUUGUCAAACAAUUAGAGGAAGUCUGCUUGCUUUUGCUUUA